GCAAUGGAGAGGAGGGGAAGGAGGAGACGAGAGAGAACGAGGGGGCGAGGGAAACCCGAACCCAUGACUUCCGCGUAUUUUCCUCUCUCUAGUCUCGCAUCUCAAGCCACCCAGCCUCUCAGAGUGGUAUAAAAAGGCAUGGGUUAUGGUGCUUCAUUUCAAACUCGGGGCAGGAACGUGAUAGCCUAUACGCAGCUCAAUCCAGUUCGAUUUGGAUAUUAAAGAAUUUACCGGUAAACCGAAGUCAUAACGUGGUUAGCCAACGUCCGAAGAAGGAUUUUACAUUUUUUUGGAGUCCUCCUGUUUUCUUGCAGUGGACAGUUCUUCUGACUCGGUUCUUCUGACCGACUCGUAAAACGGAUAAUUCUGUAGAGCUUCUGGGAUCGACACACACACACACACACACACCAGUUUUCUUCUGGAACUCUGUAUGAUCACCGGGAACCUGAGAUGGAUGUGGAAUCUCAGAAGAGCGCACGCCCCCGUGGACGGUGCCUGGACGUUUUCUUGGUCGGCUCUAUCGUUUUGCUCUUCCUAACGGUGGCGACAGUUGUUGUCUUGGGAACUUUGGCUCUUGUGAAGCUACGGUCAGAGAUCGGGGUUAAACCUUCUGUUGUGGACAUGCAAGGUACAUCGGAGACGCACCAUGGCGUGCCCCGUCCCUUAACCGCGUACAAGAUGCAGAACGUGGCCUACGUGCAGCUCACCUCCGCCGAGCUGGAGAACAGCACAAUGUCCUGGGCCCAGGUCGAACAUGGACAGGAGUCCUCUGUUGGAGAUCAGUACCGUUACAACCCUCAACAACAUACAUUGCAAACCAAGCAGGAUGGCCUCUACUUCCUGUACCUGGACCUCCAGCUCACCUGUACCGCCAAAUGUAAGCGGGGCACCCUCGUCGUCCAGAUUGAAAGUCACCGUAACGAAAAGCUCACCUGCCAGGUGGAGCUCCCAGAGUGGUCAGUGUCAAACCCUGUGACAACGGUAACCAGGAAGUGCUGGAGGGUGACACGGCUGGACUCAAAGAGCCAGUUGAUGGGCCAUAUGGUGGUGCAGGAAGCACAGGACACGUUCUGGAAACUAGUCUUGAACGGAUCCGGAAUGGGAGUUUUCUUAUUGGGUUGAUAUGGGCCACGUUCAGUAGCUAAACGUUGUGAAACGUUGCAGAUAGAGAUGCCGUGAACAGAGCCGGCGUUAUUCCUUCAUUAAGAUGUCAGGGAGGCAUAUAGUUCUACAUUGCUGCUAUCUGAACAUUCCCAAACGUUGCGUCCUGCUGAACGCACCCCUGGGAUGGAAGAUAGGGCUCCGCCACAGACGAAGGGAAGGAGACGAGAAAAGGAAGCGAGCUAAGGGUACUGAGAUGCACCCCAUCUAGGAGAACUUGCAGACAGAGAGAGUCUUCCCACCAUGCAAUGUUUGUGGACUUUGGCCUCUGUUGCUCAGGACAUCUCCAUGGAAAAUUUAAACUUAACAUUUCAGGUCUAUUUAUAUGGAUAUUUAUUGAAUGUAAAUAUAUUUAAUGUAUAAAUAUGUGUAUUUAUAUAUUUGUACUCAGGGUUACAAUGUGUUGUUUAUUGUUAUGUGUAGAUGCCACUACGUCGGUGCUGGUGUGGAUGAUAAAUUCACAUGUAUUUUCUGGUUGAGGGGAGAAGUGUGAAGUGGGGGGGCAGACAUGUACCAGACACAUGAUAUACUGUGUAUAUACAUGGAUACAUGAUGUCAUUGAUUUGAUAUGCCUUAUUACCGUUGCUUGGCAACCACAGUAACCUCCUCAGAGUCUUCAGGUAGGGUUGUGUUCUGUUCAGGAACAACAACAAAAUGGACUCUUAUUUUCUUAAAGGUAGAGACUCGGCGAUGUGUCAUAGGUGCAGAAAGUAAUCAGCCUGGUGGGUUCUCCGCUGUUCUGUUCCCGUGGCUACCACGUUGUGACAGCGUGAAGCCCACCCGUACAGAUGCUGUGUGAGACUGAAGACGUGCAUCUCGCUCAGCUCAAUAUCAGCGGUGUUGCCCGUGGCAACGUCGUUUGGCUGAGUCUAACUCUUAACUUUGUUUCCUACGAUAUGAUUGGCUGUGUGCCGGCCAGGCAGCCUCCGAGGUACUGUACUCACCGAGUGAGAGAAUGAAUGAUCAUUAGUCACAGAGCUCAGCAAGUAUGCAUUCCAAAUGGCACACUCAUUCCAUAUAUAGUGCACUACCCUUGACUAGAGUCUAUAGGGUAGU